UCGAAAUAUAAAAGGGGGAUAGUUUCGCGAGCGCGAUGGCCAUUCAGUUUUUAGUCACGGCUUAACCAGCUCGUCGACAGCAUGCGUCGCUCGUUGCCUCCCGUCCGACCGAGCUAGCUCGCGCUCCCGUGUGAAACCCGACGACAUGUCGCUCUAAAAGGACACACCGACGUCCGUCGUCCGCGGCCGAGAAGUUCGUGAACAACGUUCCGAGGAGUUUUCCGCAACGGAACGACGGUCUCGCGCGGAAAUCCGCCCCGAAGAUCGGUGAAGGAACAAGUGCGCGCCUACGAACGACGAACUUUCCGCAAUUAGAGGAUCGCCGAGAGUUCCGAUUCGGUACUUCGAAAAGUCGUUCCUCGUUUUCUUGUCCUUCGUCUCUCGACGUGAUCGCAGCAGACAGAAAAAUAUGGCCUGCCCGUUGUCGGACGCGAUCGCGGAGGAUCGCGACCAAGAGAACGGCCAGUUGACGGAAGGGCCGGGCAUGCUUUACGGCGAGUAUCUUCGAUUGGACAAAAUCUUGACCGCGCAGAGAUUACUCAGCUCCGAAUACAGCAAGGAGGUGCACGACGAGCAUCUAUUCAUCAUCACGCAUCAGGCGUACGAACUCUGGUUCAAGCAGAUCAUCUACGAGCUGGACACAGUCAGGACGCUCUUCAACUCGGAGCCGAGCAGCUACGAUCCGGCUUUGAAUGGGACCGCGAACAACCGUUCCUCCCAGAAGAAUCGGCUCUCCCAGGUUCUGAACGAGUCGAGGACCCUGGAGAUCCUGAAGAGAUUAAACCGCAUCGUCCUCAUCCUAAAACUUCUCGUGGAGCAAGUGACGAUCCUGGAAACCAUGACGCCCCUGGACUUCAUGGCGUUCAGGGACUACCUGUGCCCAGCCUCGGGCUUCCAGUCGCUGCAGUUCCGGCUGCUGGAGAACAAGCUGGGCGUGAAGCAGGAGCACAGGGUGAAGUACAAUCAAAGUUACGCCAGAGCCUUCGGCAGAGAUCCGAAGGCCAUCGAGGCGAUCAAACGGUCCGAGGAGGAGCCGAGUCUCAGCUGUCUGGUUCAAGGAUGGCUGGCGAGGACGCCGGGCCUCGAGAGCCACGACUUCGACUUCUGGGGAAAGUACAAGAGAUCCGUGGAGACGCUGCUCGCCGAACAGGAACAAUUCGCCCGAAAACAGGCGACGGAGCAGCUCAAGAAUCAUUAUCUGUCCACCGUGCGUUCGCGACAAGCGGCCUUCGAGACGAUCUUCAACGAAUCUCUUCACAACGCCCUCGUGUCGCGCGGCGAACGGAAAUUCGCCUACGGGGCCCUUCAAGGGGCCGUGAUGAUCACAUUGUACCGCGACGAGCCGAGAUUCAGCCAACCCCAUCAGAUCCUGACCGCGCUGAUGGACAUCGACUCCCUUAUCACGAAAUGGAGGUAUAAUCAUGUUCUCAUGGUGCAAAGGAUGAUUGGGUCGCAGCAGCUCGGAACUGGCGGUUCUUCCGGCUACCAUUACUUGAAGUCCACGUUGAGCGACAGAUACAAAGUCUUCUUGGAUCUGUUCAACCUGUCCACGUUCUUGAUACCCAGACAAAUGAUCCCGCCGUUGACGAAGCAGAUGAAGACGAAGUUGUCGAUCGCCUGCAACGGAUGGAGCCCGGACGACAAUCAGAACAACUCCGAAUGCACGCUCGAGGACACGUAAGCGAAUGUUCGCGGCCCGACGACGACGACGACGACGACGACGAUACGCAUGAUAUGUUUCUCAGGAAACAUUUUGGAAAUACAGAACAAGAGGAAACCGCAUAGGAACUAAGCAUAGCGUUGGUAAAUGAAAUCUUUUAUUACAGCCUAACGCUUGGCGCGCGUUAAGAAGUUUGUAAAAAUUAGAGCAGUCGUGUGAACCGUCUCGCGACAGAAUACUUGUUAGUAUUUAUACUUAUAUAACAACAGGCGUCGUAACAAUGAUUACCUUGAUUAAAAUACUUUCAUAGGCUAUGUACAUUUACGGGCCAAUAUGAGCACUUUAUUUCAAGCCAAUCACGUUCGACUCUUCGUCCUGUCUCAUUUAGCGGCUUAGAGUAGAUCCAGCGACGAGACUUGGUUUGCUAUACCUGUCGAAACACAAUUCAUUUCUGUCAAUUUGUUCUGUCGAUUUGCUUACAACCUACUUGUCAAUUGCUUAAUAAUACUUCGGUUAUUUAUAACCCGUA